AUGGCAGCUGGCUGGUUUUACUCGCCUAGUCAGAUUUCUCGAUAUCUUUCAACGCGUAUUACGAGUCUCAAGCCACCCAAGAACAAGCUCAGAAAUCCUUAUGCCGUUCUGCGGGAGCUUACAUCUCAUCAAUGGCUCAUGUUCGCUGCUGGGUUUCUCGGUUGGACCUGGGAUUCCUUUGACUUUUUUUCGGUGUCUAUGACGAUCACUGAGAUUUCGGAGGCCUUUGAUGUGUCUUAUUCGGAUGUCUCUUGGGGUAUGACUGUUACACUCAUGCUGAGAUCAGCGGGCGCCAUUGUUUUCGGAAUUUUUGCUGAUCGGUAUGGGCGCAAAUGGCCCAUGAUCAUCAACUUGGGCCUUUUUAUCGUUCUGGAACUUUGUUCGGGAUUUUGCAAUACGUUACCGCAAUUCCUGGGCGUACGAGCCCUAUACGGAAUAGCCAUGGGAGGACUUUUCGGCCCUGCUGCUGCUACUGCCCUCGAAGAUCUCCCAUACGAAGCCCGGGGUAUUUUAUCUGGUCUAUUUGAAAUGGGCUACGCGACAGGAUAUUUACUCGCUGCCGCUUUUUAUCGUGCCCUUGUCCCCACUACCUCUCACGGAUGGAGAAGUCUUUUCUGGUUUGGGGCAGCUCCACCAGUACUCAUAAUCAUAUUCCGGUGGUAUCUACCAGAAACGAACCACUUUCAAGUCAUGAAAGCAGAACGCGAGGCCCGAGCCAACGCUGUAGGCAAUGAUGGCUCUGCAGGUGGAAGUAGCUUUCGUAUCUUUGUCCGAGAUUUAAUUCGCGAUCUCCGGGAAAACUGGGUACUCUUCGUAUACCUUGUUGUCUUGAUGGUUGGCUUCAAUUCUUGCUCGCAUGGUAGUCAAGACUUUUACGCGACUUUCUUAAAAGAUCAGGCAGAUGUCGACGCGACAGACACGACGGUCAUCAUAAUUGUCGGUCAAAUCGGUGCACUCUUUGGAGGGUGCAUUCUCGGGUAUAUUAGUACAUUCUUUGGGCGCCGACUAACCAUGCUGGUAUGCUGUCUAUUUGGCGGCGCUAUCAUCCCCGCUUAUAUCCUGCCGCGCUCCAUGUCCUUAGCCGCCAGUGCUUUCUUCCAACAGUUCUUCGUAGGAGGGGUCUGGGGACCAAUACCCAUCCAUCUACUCGAGCUUUCGCCUGUCACAUUACGCUCUUUCGUGGUUGGACUGACCUACCAGCUCGGUAAUCUUGGAUCGUCUGCUUCGGCAACUAUUCAAUCGAUCAUCGGCGAGCGGUAUCCACUACCUGCAAGUGCAGAUGGCGAGAAGCGGUUUGAUUAUGGGAAGGUCAUUGCGAUAUUUAUGGGUGCAGUGUGGGCUUUUAUCUUUAUCUUCCUUCUCUUGGGGCCGCAAAUGUCUCAAGAGGAGCGGGACGAAGAGGCUGACGCGGCUUUGCUCUUAGAGCGUUUGCGAGCGGAAGGUCUUAGUUUGAAGGAAAUUGGUCAAAGAAGUGCUCUUGGUAAAGAGCUAGAUGAUGCUUAUACUGGGAAUCAAGUUGAUAAAGCAGAGGCCGCACACAUCGAGGGUGUGUAG